UGACUAUUAAAACAGCGCCGUUUCGACUUACAAACUGGAGGUGCAAAUAUGAUGCUUUCACGGUCUAAACCUUCAGUACCAAAACAACGGGCUGUACCACCCCAAACAAAGAAAAUCCCCACUUUACAGGAAUUUAUCGAAAGAAGAGAUUAUACUGGAGCGCUAACACUUUUGGAAUUUGAACGUUGUUGCGGUAAAUCCACUACGGAAACAGACCUGUGGAUCGCAUAUUCUGCCUUUCAUCUCGGAGACUACAAAAAAGCAUCUGAGGAGUACAAAAAGCUGAUAGGAAAACCCAACACACCACCAGAAGUCCAUACAUAUCUGGCAUGUUGCUAUUUCUUUCUUGGCAUGUAUCAGGAAGCUCUGAAAGCUGCUAAAGAUGGUCCGGUAUGCAGACUGCAAAUCAGACUGUUGUUCCAUAUAGCACAUAAGUUUAACGAUGAACGUGCUCUCCUUAGUCAUCACAAUUCUCUAGACAACUCCAUUGAGGACCAGCUGUCACUGGCUUCAGUUCAUAGCUUAAAGAACCACCAUCAGGAAGCAAUCGACAUAUACAAACGUAUUCUACUAGACAACAGAGAAUAUAUAGCACUUAAUGUCUUCAUUGCCUUGUGCUAUUAUAAAAUCGAUUACUAUGAUGUAUCUCAGGAGGUGCUGGGGAUAUACUUGCAGCGGUACGCCGAUAGUGCAACUGCCAUUAAUCUAAAGGCAUGCAUUAAUUUCAAGUCAUACAAUGGCAAGGCAGCUGAAGCGGAACUAAAAGCCCUUCAAGAAUUAUCUACCUCAUCAUUUACUUAUGCACAAGACCUUAUAAAACACAAUUUAGUUGUGUUUCGAAAUGGAGAAGGCGCUCUACAGGUAUUACCCCCACUAAUAGACGUUUUGCCGGAAGCAAGACUAAAUCUCAUAAUCUUCCACUUGAAAAAUGAUGAACUACAGGAAGCCUAUGAAUUAACUAAAGAAAUUGACCCGAGCACACCACAAGAAUACAUAUUAAAAGGAGUUGUGAAUGCUAUCCUGGGUCAAGAACAUGGAUCUCGCGAACACUUAAAAAUGGCUCAACAAUACUUCCAGUUGGUAGGAGGAUCAGCUAGCGAAUGCGAUACAAUAUCUGGAAGACAAUGCAUGUCUUCUUGUUUUUUCCUUCUUCGUCAGUUCGAUGAUGUUCUUAUUUACUUAAACUCAAUAAAAAGCUACUUCUACAAUGAUGACAUAUUUAACUUUAAUUAUGCUCAAGCCAAAGCAGCUGUAGGAGCAUAUAAGGAAGCACAGGAAGUAUUCUUACUUAUCCAAUCAGAACGUCUGCGAUCAGAAUACGCUUACUUAAGUUGGCUAGCAAGGUGUUACAUCAUGACUAAACAAGCACGUUCAGCCUGGGAACUUUACUUGAAAAUGGAGACUUCUGCAGAAUCUUUCAGUUUGCUACAAUUAAUUGCUAAUGAUUGUUACAAAAUGGCACAGUUUUAUUAUGCUGCUAAAGCAUUUGAUGUAUUAGAGAGGUUAGAUCAAAAUCCAGAGUACUGGGAGGGCAAACGUGGAGCAUGCGUCGGUGUUUUUCAGCUUAUUAUAGACGGUCAGGAACCUAAAGAAAGGCUUCGAGAAGUGAUCCAAAUUUUACGGAAUACGAAUAACCCGCAAACGGAAUAUUUCAUACGCAUAAUGAAGAAAUGGGCAAAAGAAAACAAGGUUGCUGUGUAAUGACAAUGACUGACUGUUAAAUCGUUGUAUUUAAUUUAUGAAUGCCAAAAGACGAAAAUAUCACACAAAUGGUAAAUAGCAAGUGUUUUUCUGUAUGACCAAAAACAAAAAAUCCCCUAAAAUUAACACGUUUCCUACAAUAUACUGUUCUUAGUUGCACAUUACUUUACCCGAAGAUCGUUACCUUUCAUUUAAUGACUAAAGUUAAAUACAG